GUUUUACUUUUAGCAGCUAGGAAUAUUUAGUGGACGGUCUUGAACACCAUCUGAGCUUGACCAUUGAAAGGAUGUUGCUUUGCUGUCUCUCCCCUGUCUUAAGGCCUGGCUGAACUGCUGGGCACUGCUUGAGUGGAAGUAGGUCCUGUGGGCUCUUACUCCAUUUUCUAUGCUACGUGCUGACUGAGUUCUGUCUCCUAAUUAGGGUUUACUCGGCUGCAAAACAACUGAGUGCCGUUUCUACAUUCACAAUGGGUUUUAAAUGGUUUUAUUCUAAUCCUUAGCAUAAAGCUUAAAAACCUGAAUUUAUAAAAGUUUUGGGGGACUCUAGGGAGUCAGACAGUUUUUUUCGGUCUACAUGGUGUACCCUGGUAAUCUCUGAGAAGACUGGAGACUACCUAUGUUAGAAUUAAGGGAAAUUAACGAGGAAGUGUCUCAUAAGCUUCAAUUUUUAGGUAAAAGUAUAUUUAGAAAACUUGAGCCAUCUGAAAUACCCACAUUAGCCUUUGCUAUAAAAACAUGAAGAUUUGUGGUAUUAAUUUUUAUCAACAAGUUACCAAUUAGAUGUUUUAGCAUCUGAAGUUGAAAGGAUCAUUAGACUGUAGUAUGUAUCUUGCUGUCAUUAGAAGGAAGUAAACAUUAGAGGUCUCUAAAAGCCGAGAAAGCUCCCCAGGGCUUAGAAGUUGGACCAAGCCAGUGUCUAGUGGUGAAAGUAACCACUGAUAAUAUUUUGAAAAGAAUGGUCUGGGGGCUAGUUUGCAUAAAAAAUUUAAAGUUUUUAUGACAGGAUGUGAAAGGAAAAUCAGGAAACAUAGCUUGGAGUCUUUAAUAAUAACUUUAAUUUGAUAACCCAUAGGUUUACUGUCUCAUGCUUAAUCAAGUAGCAGUUAUCGAGAAGUUUUCUGAGACAGUUUGAGUAUGUUGCCCAGGCAGCCCUGGAACUCAGGAUUGUUUUGCCUCCACCUCCCAAGGAACUGAGAUCUUGGGCUUAAAACACUUGGCCCAACUCUACCUAAAGUUCCCCAAGAAGUUUAUGCCAAAGUAUCCUGCUUGGGGCCAGGUUUAAUGUACUACAACUAUUCAAGGUGAAGCUACUGCUAAACUGGAUUUGCAGAUGAAAUUAAGUCUCCUGCAGUUUUACAAAGCUUUAAUACAUGGCAGCAUAAGAUUUCAAGUCCAUUUUCUCCUGAUUGAAAAAGUAUACUUCAUCUUCGUAGUUUGAUUAAAUAUAUUGACCGUGCUGCAUUGAUAGUGCUAGACUGUUUACAACAAUGCGUGCACACGGGGAAGCCCUACAGACUUCCCUGUGCAAGGGGGGCUUCUAGGAAGAUGGUUCAGUUACACUUUGAUCUCCAGUUUAACAUCCACCUCAUCGUUGAGCCUUGUGUCUCUCUCACCUUCUACUUCAAAUCUAAUGUCAGGGCCUUUACUUCCUAGACUUCCUGGUUAUUUUCUUUCAGGCAUGGGGACGCUUUCCAUACGGUGCCGGAGCCUUGGCUUUCAGCCCUGCGUCAGUGUGCUUCUGGUGGUCCUGAUGGUCACAUAGAUCAAGCUUUCACGCAGAAUUGUUAAGAACAAGAGCCUCUAUAGCCUUGUAAUAACAGAUAGCUUCCAGUCGUGGAUUCUUAGGGCUGACUACAACUACUCAAGUAGCCUGUGCUCUGUGUAAGUGGGAUGUAGUUUCUCGAAUGCUUAGAAAGCUCAAGAAAGGUUUUGGCAUAUACCACGUAUACAAUAUAAUUUCAUGCCCCUGCUGUUAGCUCUGAGAACAAGAACCCUUAGCUUUUCCUCUUGUUCAUUGCUCAUGUCCAUCAACUAGGACAGGAUUGGUAGCACAGGGUUAUAGUUUGAUCUUUCAGCUCUGCUCUCCUCGUAAGCUGCCUGCUUUAGCUCAGGUUCUUUUGAAUGGUCUGUGAGGGAAAGGGGAAGAGCACACAAUGGACACACUUGUUACUAGCCAGCCACAGAACCUGAGCCUACCUCCCUUUGUCGUAAGUCACACAAACAGAAAUGACGGUACUAGGCACGCUUCCCAAAACAGAGUUGGUAUUUGGUUUACUAAAAGCAGAAGGCUGUCAAGUUGGCCACUUGUAGCAGAAUCAGUUUCCUAUUUUUUGACCCAGGGUUUCUUAGGGGAUACAGAAUACAAAGGGGUCGGGCGAAGGGGUAUAAGAAUAAUUGGACUGCUACGUGUACAUUUAGUGUUCUCGAAUCUUUCCUGCUCUGAGUGAGAGUUAUUCCCAAAGCUGGUAGCUGUGCAGGCAUCCAGCCAGCGAAUCCUCUGGGAUCUGGUGUGCAGCCCUGUGAAGAGUACUAUCUUGUGAAUGUCCAUUCAGGAUUUAACACGUAUAUGUCAAAAGUGAUUAAUUCCUGCAAGGAGAAUCACAUUCCUGGCUUUUAGAAAGUUUAGAGUGUAGCAAGUGCUAUCAGGGGGAGCCUUAUAGAACAACGUAUAUAGAAUUGUUACAAGUUUUAUGAAGGGGAAGGAACAAAGGAAAAAUUCAGAAUUAAUUAAGGAUCAAAGAAGCUGAAUAUACCUGUGGCCAAUCAGGUAUAAGGAAAGGCAUUUGAGGAAUAAGGAACUCUGCAGAGUAAAUGCCCUGAGAUUUCUGGCCCUGUUCAAAGAAAGGGGAAGGGAAGGCACUGCUGCUAAGACCUCCAUCAAGGAGGGCCUUGCAGUCUUAUAGGGAGGGAGCGAUUGCAGAGUUCUCUGCUUUAGAGAACAUGACCCCGUCUGGCUGUUGAAAUAGAUUAUAAGGCUCAGUGAUAGAGCCACUUGUUAAGGUGCCUUCUGUUGCAAAUUGCUGCAGAUGAUGGAAGCAGACAGGUGUUUGCUGUGGGGUAGCCAGAUCUGAACAAAGGCAGGUCCUGUCAACAACCUGGAACUUAACCUUUCCCAUCUGCCACCCUGCCUUCCCAAUUACUGAAAAUCUACUUUGGAGAAAGCAUUCUUCUAGGCUCAGAAAUGGGCCACUAAGCUUUACAGACCUUACUGUUCGGUUAGUGGUUUCACUUCCUCCUGUGAGAACUCGAGGUCCACAGCGUGAUCUCUUAGAAGUUGUGAGGUAGAACCUAGAAGAGGUCCAUCAGGAGGUGACAUCUGAGUGGAAAAGACUGCUGAAGAAAGAGCACCCAUGCACAGGAAGAUCGCUUUUCAUGGCUGGAUUACAGAGACAGCUGGUAUUGGAACACAGGAGAUGGAGGAAGCAGAAAUUGUUACCUUUCCCCCAGUGACUUACCAGCAAAUACACUGGGCCCCCACGUGCAAUUCUACAAUGAUCUUUGCUGGUUUUCUAAUUAGGCAAUGUUAUUUGGUAACUAUACUCUUUAUGUAACUAAAUGAAUUACCAUGAAUACUCUUACGAUUACUACUAUUAGCAAGAAAUAGAAACUGAGGGGCUGGAGAGAUGGCUCAGUGGUUGAGCAUUUACUGCUCUUCCAGAGAUCCUGAGUUCAAUUCCCUGCAACCACAUGGUGGCUCUUAACCAGCUGUAAUGGGAUCUGAUGCCCUCUUUUGGUGUGUCUGAAGAGAGCCAUUGUGUACUCACAUACAUGAAAUAAAUCGAAAAUAAUGAAAGAAAGCUGAAACAAACCAAGUAGUACAAUUACAUUAGAAUGAGACCAUACUUUGAUCUGUUUUAUUCUGAAGCUUUGUGUUUAAUGUGCACCUAGCUAAGAAAUGAAGGAAAAACAGGUUCUAGAACAUUGCCAGUUAGUGUCUCCACUGAAGUAUUUAUAUCUUUAAAUGUGGUUACAUCACUGGCUAUGUUUGAUGAUUUCGAUUUAAUAUUGUUUCCAAUUUCUGUAGAUCUGUCUGGCUAUGAUUCUGCUUUGAUGGGCCCUACUGAAUCUGUAUUUUUAAAGCAAAUCCUUAUUAAAGAAGUGAUACUUAAUUUUGAAGUGUGUGUGUUCAUUCAUUUUCCAUUGCAUGCAUGAGUGCAGGUCCCCGCUAAUGUCAGAGGCACAGAUCUGUCUUCCUGUAGCUGACAUUACCUGGUGACUGAGCUCUGCAUUGUGGGUGCUGGCCAUCAAACUGAUCCUCUGUAAGGUCAGUAUGUGCUCUUAACUGCUCAGACAUCUUUCCAGCCCUGCAACUUCUUAUCUUAAAAAACAAACAGCUUCUGUAAUAUCAGAGAUACUUCUGAAGGAUUCAGUUCUUGAAGGAAACCAGUCAAAACCUGGGCAUUUUCUAAUUCCUGGUAGAUUAGAAAUCUUAAAAUAUUUACAGUUAGAUUGCUUGGAAGAUAGAGAAAUGCCUACGAAAAUAGUAAUAAUUUUAAAUGUAAGUUAUUUUUAAUUAUGUAUAUGUCUGAAGGUCUCAGGGGAUGUCUGCACUUGAGUGCAGUCAGGCUACUGGGAAGAUCUGGAGCUUGCGUUCCAGACAGCAGACCAGCCGUGAGUGCCAGGGAUUAAACUAGAGCACUGGUACAUCCUGGUAACUCUGAGCAUCUCUGCAGCCCUAAAAUGGCCAUUUCAAAGCCUAAGUGAAGCCUGCUAAAGGGAGGGGAACUCAAACUUGCAUACUGAGUGCAAAAUAAUACGACAUGUAAAACCGAAUUUGACCAGCGUGUCAUUAAUAUGAAAUAUGAGAAGUGACUGGGCCUCCUAGCUGAGGAUCAAACUUUUGACCUUUAUCUUUACCCUCUUAUCUCUUUCUAGGGAAAUUUACCCCAUUAAUGUGAUCAAAACCAUCUAUGGCCAGAGUGGUGGUACACACUUUACUCUUAGCACUUGGGAGGCAGGUCUCUGAGUUCCAGGUCAGCAUGGUCUAUAGAGUUCCAAGAGAGCAAAAGCUACAAAGUGAGACCUUGUCUGAAACACACACACACACACACACACACACACACACACACACACACACACACACACACACACACACACACAAAGCAAAAAGCCAGUCUGAUCAUUAGCAUGCUUUUCUCAUAACACCUUUUCCUGACAGCAUCUGUUUGGGGAAGUCAGUUUGGGGUGAGUUAUCUGAACUGUUCUAUAGUAAUGAGACCUUUUACCCAGUACUCAUGGCGAUCACACCCCUGUGUCCAUCAGAAUGGGUUUUUGUGGCUUGCUUUCAGUGUUACUUGGGACAUACUGAAGAAGAAAUAGGGAGUCCCAUACAAGGAUUAGUAGGAGUCUUUCUUCUGUCUGUAUUAAAUCUGGACAGAAACUAACAAAAUUCUUCUUGAAAGACUGAAGGAAAGCAAGUUGAAUUUUAGUUUAUUAGGUCAUAAAAGAUUACUAUGAUUCUUUCCCCAAACUUCAGCUGUAUUGACUAAUAGUCCAUUUGUGGUGAUUCAUUUCCAAAUCAAGUCUUUUAAAUUGUAGUCGUUGUUGUUAUAGAUGAUUAAGUACACAGAGAAAAAUAAGGUGGACUUCUUAAGGAAACUUACCAAAUACCUCAUGCAUUUUGUUGAAGGCAAUGCCUUCCAGACUUCUGGGUGGUUCCAGUCCACCAAAAUAACUGUCACAACAAGGCAUGCUACACAGAUGUUCUGUUUUCUGUUUCUGUGCUAUGUUUACACUAUACUAGUAUGUUUGUUGUGUAGUAGCAUGUCAAGAAAGCAGUGUGCUCACCUUAAUUGAAAAUUGAGCUAAUGAUAUGGCUCAGUGGGAAAAGCGUAUGCCAUGCAAACCCGAUGGCCUGAGUUCGAUCCCUGGAACUCACAUGGUAGAAAGAGAGAACCAACUUCCACCGACUUCUAGACGCAUAACACGGCACACGCGAGUGCCCCAUUUCCGCACGCCAGUUAAUGUAAUUUUUUAAAGUUAAAAUGUGGGGGGAGCUGACAGAAUGGGUCAGGAGGGAAAAGUACAUGCUAAGCAAGAUUGAUGAGACUUCAAAGAAAACUGACCCUGAAGAUUGUGCUCUGCCCUCCAUACGUGUAUGUGUGGUACUAUGGCAUGUGUGUACUCAAGUGCACACACGCGCGCGCGCGCGCACACACACACACACACACACACACAUAUUAAGUUUAAAGAAUUAUUAUUUUUUGGUUAGACUCCGAAUAACCAGAGCAAUUUUGGGGCAAAAGAGCAAUGCUGGAGGACUUGAGAGACAGCUCAGUGGUUAAGAGCACCAGCUGCUUUGCCAGAAGCUCCAGGUUCCCUUCCCAACACAACACCCAUAUGACAGCUCUCAACUCAACACCAAGGGGCCUAGGCACCAUGGACACAUGUGGUAUUUGGUGCCACAUACAGGCAAAAAGUCUUAUAAAAGAUAAAAAGUGCUGGAGACAUACUAUUCAAUGCCACAAUGUAUACCACCAUAGUAAAAUGAACAGCGUGUGUCUUAGUCAGGGUUUCUAUUCUAUCAUGACCAAGAAGCAAGUUGGGGAGGAAAGGGUUUAUUCAGCUUACACUUCCACAUUGCUGUUCAUCACCAAAAGAAGUCAGGACUGGAACUCAAGCAGGUCAGGAAGCAGGAGCUGAUGCAGAGGCCAUGGAGGGAUGUUACUUACUGGCUUGCUUCCGCUGGUUUCCUCAGCUUGCUUUCUUGUAGAACCCAAGACCACCAGCCCAGGGAUGGCACCACCCACAAGGAGCUGGGUUCUCCCACCUUGAUCACUAGUUGAAUCUUUCAGCUGAAUCUUAUGGAGGCAUUUCCUCAAGGGAAGCUCUUUUCUCUGUGAUAACUCCAGCCUGUGUCAAGUUGACACACAAAACCAGCCAGUACAUCAUGGUACCACAUAGAAACAUAUAUUGGGGAAAAGAUAGACUUCUCAACAAAUAGUGCUGUGAAAAAUGGAUGUCCAUGUGCAGAAGAUUGGAACUAGAUUCCUCCCACUGUACACAAAAAUCUACUCAAAAUUGAUCAAAGACUAAGACCUGACGCUUGACACUAUAGAGGAACAUGGAAGAGAAAGACUUGAAUAGGCUGAGAACUUUCUGAAUAGGAUCCCAGUGGCUCAGAUAACAGCAAGAGUUGACAAAUGGUCUUGCACAAAAUUGAAAAGCUGUGCAGGAAAGGAGACAACAGAAGGAAGGACUAGAUGGAAUGUUUAACAACAAACACCAACAUUCCAUAAUCCAAUAAAAAAGCAAAUGUAUUGAACAUAUAAUCCUCAAAGUACAAGUGCACAAAAAGUAUGUGUAGAGAGAGUUGGGGGGAUGGCUCAGGAGAUAAAAUGCUGGCCAUUUGAAUAUGAAGUCCUGUGUGAUAUUCCUGGUACCCAAGUCAAAAAAUGAGUCGGGGGGCUCAAUUCUCUCCUAAGCUACGUGUCUCUACCCUCUUUCACUGCCAUCCCACAAACAUGGAUCAGGUAAUACAGUUUGUUGAGCCAAGUCGGCAGUUGUUUGUAAAGGACUCAAUUCGGCUGGGUAAAAGAUGCACCAAACCCGAUAGAAAAGAACUCCAGGAGAUCACCAUGGCCACAGCCAUAGGAUUUGCUAUCAUGAGAUUCACUGGCUUCUUUGUGAAACUGAUCCACAUCCCUAUUAAUAGCAUUAUUGUGGGUGGCUGAGUCCUUUCUGAUCGUGGGACUAGUGAACCAAUGAGGGGGUGACAAGCUCAUGAAGUAAAAAGUUACCUGGAUGCUUUGUGUUUUUUGUUUCUUUCCUCCUUCCUAUGAUGUUUUCUAUUUCUAAAUUAAAAUAAUUUCAACAUUAACCUUUUUAUUCCAUAACAGAAAAAAAAGUGGGUCAUGGCAAUGUUCUGGCCAGACAGCCUAACCUAUUUGAUGAGCCUCAGGCCCUAGUGAGAGACUGUGCUUCAAAUACAAGCAAUAAAACAAAAAACCAAAUGGCUUAAUAUGUGAAAAAAUAAUCAAUAUCCUUAGCUAUCAGGGAAAUGCAAGUAAAAAUGACACUGAGAUUCCCUUUCAAUGGCUGUCAUGGAGAGGAAAAAAAAAUGCUGUCAAGGAGAUAGCUGAUAAGAAUGAAUAGGGAAGCCACUGCAGAAAUCACUGGACACUUCUCAAAACAACAGAAACCUUGAAACAAGACCACCAUGUGAUGCAGACCACUCCUGAGUUAUACCUGAGGGAAUCUAGGUUCCCAAGAUACCUGCACGCCCUGGCCUAACGGAGCUAUUCGCAAUGUGUCAUUUGCAGGAAGAUGGAUGGAACUGGCAGUUAUCACGUUAGACUAAAUAAGCCAGAUUUAGAAUGAAAUAUGCCAUUCGUACGCAGAAUCUGCUAUUUUAAGAAGAUGUGAAAGUAUUCACGAAGAGAUAAGGAAACUGGGAG